AUGCCUGUCCUUGUCGGAAUCAACGGCUUUGGCCGUAUUGGCAGAAUCGUGUUCCGAAACUCCAUUGAGCAUGACGAUGUCCACGUCGUGGCCGUCAAUGACCCUUUCAUUGAGCCGCACUACGCCGCAUACAUGCUCAAGUAUGACUCGACACACGGUCAGUUCAAGGGCACAAUCGAGGUGAAGGGCGAUGCUCUGGUCGUCAAUGGCAAGGAAGUCAAGUUCUACUCGAAGAGAGACCCAUCUGAGAUCCCAUGGUCCGAGACCGGGGCUUACUACAUCGUCGAGUCUACUGGUGUUUUCACCACCACUGAGAAGGCUUCUGCCCACUUGAAGGGUGGUGCGAAGAAGGUCGUCAUCUCGGCCCCAUCAGCAGAUGCUCCCAUGUACGUCGUGGGUGUCAACCACAAAACCUACAAGUCGGAUACCCCCGUCAUCUCCAACGCCUCCUGCACUACCAACUGCCUGGCACCGCUGGCCAAGGUCAUCAACGACAAGUUCGGCAUCAAGGAAGGCCUCAUGACCACCGUUCACUCGUACACUGCUACCCAGAAGACUGUCGAUGGACCAUCUGCCAAGGAUUGGAGAGGUGGCCGAACUGCGGCCCAGAACAUCAUCCCCAGCAGCACUGGUGCGGCCAAGGCUGUCGGCAAGGUCAUUCCAGAGCUCAACGGCAAACUCACUGGCAUGUCCCUGCGUGUUCCCACCUCCAACGUCUCGGUCGUGGACUUGACCGUCGUGCUGGAGAAGCCCACCAGCUACGACGAGAUCAAGAAGGCGAUCAAGGAGGCAUCCGAGGGUGAACUUAAGGGCAUUCUUGCAUACUCCGAAGAUGACCUCGUCUCCACCGACCUGAACGGCGACCCGCACUCGUCCAUCUUCGACGUGAAGGCUGGUAUCGCCCUCAACGACCACUUUGUCAAGCUUGUGUCGUGGUACGACAACGAGUGGGGUUACUCCCGACGUGUUCUCGAUCUCUUGGCCUACAUUGCCAAGGUCGAUGGCAAUGCUUAG